GGCUGUUUAAUCAACUAUACGAACUUUAGAAGAUCGUGGACUCAAAUUUCAAAGUUUUUACUGAAAGUGAAGUGGUUUUUUGUUGGAUGAAUUAAUUGCGAACUUUAGAAACAAUCGCCGCCAUUCAGUGAAGUGAGCAGAUGAAAAUGAUCCAUAAAGACUAACAUUCUAAUGAAGAUAAGUGAAAAAAAGCCGUGUUCCCACUAAUGAUGUGAAAAAACAAUAUCGCGAUGUGGCUCCCAGCAUUGCUGUAUUUGCUCUGUCACUUGGGGCUGUCAGCAGGUGGCACCGACAACAUUGAAGACUCAACAGUAACGACAACGGUCGACAUCGGCAACACUACUCUGCCCACAGAGAGCAUCGGGCAGCCCUACUUCGACAACAGUACAAAACGGGAGUAUACCGCAGCGGUCGGGCAGCCGGCUUAUCUGCAUUGUCGCGUGAAAAAUCUCGCCGAUCGGGCGGUAUCAUGGAUUCGGAAAAGGGACCUUCAUAUACUUACUGUAGGCGUCCAUACGUAUAGCAGCGACGCGCGCUUCGCGGCUUUGCACACAGAUGGCUCUGAUGAGUGGACAUUGCGCGUUGCGCCCGCGCAGCCUCGCGACUCGGGCGCUUAUGAGUGUCAAGUGUCCACCGAGCCUAAAAUCAGCCUGUCCUUUCGUCUUACUGUAGUUGUGUCAAAGGCAGAAAUAUUGUCUGGCCCGGAGUUGUUUGUGCGUGCCGGUUCGGAUAUCAACCUCACUUGCAUAGCCAGACAUGCGCCAGACCCGCCAAGCUUCAUCUACUGGUAUCGCGGUUCGAACGUGGUGAACUACGCUCAGAGAGGUGGCAUCAGCGUGGAAACAGAGCAGCGCACGCGCACCAGUCGUCUUCUCAUUGCGAGAGCCUCGCCUAGAGACUCCGGGAACUACACCUGCGCUCCGAGUAGCUCUGAUUCAGCGUCUGUCGUGGUCCACGUGGUAAGCGGCGAGCGGCCGGCAGCGAUGCAGAGCGACGCAACAAAAUUAGCCCCAUCGAUACCUCUCCUCAUAUUAUUAUUCAUCAAGAGUAGAACAUUCUAUGCAUUCCUAGAUAUGUUAUGGCGAGGUAGAUUACAAAAUAUAAGCAUCAAAUGCCAAUGGAACAAUUGUAUUCGACGUUUCGUUACCAGAUGACCGGUUGUGAUGGUUAAAACAAAUUAAGCAUAUAAUGCGAUUCAUUCAAAAGAAACUUAUAGGAAUUAGAUGUAAUUUAGUAUUAAACUGGUUUGUAAGAAAACGAAUUAUUGUUAUAGGCACCACUCUGUCUUUAUCAACUGUUUUAGUUAAUUCUGUUGUUUAAUGAUAUGAGCGAUUUUCAUUUGAGUUUCUUUCUUGUUAAGACAAUAUAUUUUACAAUAAAAAAACUUCAAGUAAAAAUAUUACAGUCCAAUUGC